AUGAUGACUCACACAUUACCAAGCGAACAGACACGUCUUGUUCCUGGAUCUGACUCGAGCUCUCGUCCUAAAAAGAGACGGAUCUCGAAGAGAUCAAAGAUAAUAGUAUCCACUGUGGUCUGUAUUGGUUUGUUGCUGGUUUUAGUGCAACUGGCAUUUCCAAGCAGUUUUGCAUUACGUUCUGCAUCACACAAGAAGAAGAAUGUCAUAUUCUUCGUGACGGAUGGGAUGGGACCUGCGUCUUUGUCCAUGGCAAGAUCAUUCAACCAGCAUGUUAAUGAUUUACCUAUAGACGACAUCCUGACACUUGACGAGCAUUUUAUCGGGUCUUCGAGAACAAGGUCCUCGGACUCACUAGUCACUGACUCAGCUGCGGGCGCCACCGCAUUUGCAUGUGCAUUAAAGAGCUAUAAUGGGGCCAUCGGUGUUGAUCCGCAUCACAGACCUUGUGGUACAGUGCUCGAGGCGGCUAAGUUAGCAGGUUAUCUCACUGGGCUUGUUGUUACGACAAGAAUCACAGAUGCCACUCCGGCUUCAUUCAGUUCACAUGUUGAUUACAGAUGGCAGGAAGAUCUUAUCGCUACGCACCAGUUAGGCGAAUAUCCUCUGGGGAGAGUAGUAGACUUACUCAUGGGUGGCGGCAGGAGCCAUUUCUACCCUCAAGGCGAAAAGGCUUCUCCAUAUGGUCACCACGGUGCUAGAAAAGAUGGAAGAGAUUUAAUCGAUGAGGCUCAAUCUAAUGGCUGGCAGUACGUGGGUGACCGUAAAAAUUUUGAUUCUUUGUUGAAAAGCCACGGUGAAAACGUUACUUUACCUUUCUUGGGUCUCUUUGCAGAUAACGACAUUCCUUUUGAAAUUGACAGAGAUGAAAAGGAGUAUCCUUCCCUUAAGGAACAAGUCAAGGUGGCUUUGGGUGCCUUGGAAAAAGCUUCCAAUGAGGACAAAGAUUCUAAUGGGUUUUUCUUAAUGGUGGAAGGCUCCAGAAUUGAUCAUGCUGGUCACCAAAACGAUCCAGCUUCGCAGGUAAGGGAGGUGUUGGCUUUCGAUGAAGCAUUCCAAUACGUUUUGGAGUUUGCUGAAAAUUCCGAUACGGAGACUGUUUUGGUCUCUACGUCGGAUCAUGAAACGGGUGGUUUAGUCACUUCAAGACAAGUCACUGCUAGCUAUCCUCAGUAUGUCUGGUAUCCACAGGUGCUCGCCAACGCCACCCAUUCAGGUGAGUUUUUGAAAAGAAAACUAGUAGAUUUUGUUCAUGAGCAUAAGGGCGCAAGCAGCAAAAUAGAAAAUUUCAUCAAACAUGAGAUCCUGGAAAAAGAUUUGGGUAUUUACGAUUACACGGAUAGCGAUUUAGAAACAUUAAUUCAUUUGGAUGACAACGCAAAUGCUAUCCAAGACAAACUGAAUGACAUGGUAUCAUUUAGGGCCCAAAUUGGCUGGACCACGCAUGGUCACAGCGCAGUCGACGUCAACAUAUAUGCAUACGCCAAUAAGAAAGCUACAUGGUCAUAUGUCUUGAACAAUUUACAAGGCAAUCACGAAAAUACGGAAGUUGGCCAGUUCUUAGAAAACUUUUUAGAAUUGAACCUGAACGAAGUCACUGAUUUGAUUAGGGACACCAAACACACAUCAGAUUUUGAUGCUACAGAAAUAGCUAGUGAAGUACAACAUUAUGACGAAUACUACCAUGAGUUGACCAACUGA